AUGAUAACCGUACAAAUUAUCGCAGACCAAAUUUUCAAGCUCAGACAUUUACGCAGUGGCUCCGCUGCUCGGCUUGCUGGUUGGGAACAAAUUAGCACGGUUGAAGAAGAAGACGAUGAAAAUUAUGAUCGAAAGGGGGAGACUUCCGUUAUUACUCUACCUGGAGGACCAGUGGCGACAGGACAAACAAGAAGGCUACAUGGAUCAACUUGUACAAAUAAAACCAAUAACUCAACUGGAAUAAUAAUCAAAUCACUGAUAAAUCAAAAUGAAUUGUUACGUCAGGAUGAUGUAAAUUUCUUAAAUUUUGUAAAUAAAGAAGACUGUGAUAGAAUAAGGCCUACUGAGAGAAAAACACAAAGAAAAACCGUUCAUCACGUUAAAUUUACCUGUCCUCGGAUAAAACAUUCAUUUUCCUUCUCAUCAUCUUCAUCACUACCACCACCACCAGCAGCAGCAGCAGCGACAAAAACAACAGCAACAUCAUCAUUAUUAAAGCCUAAUGAAUGGAUUCCAUUGAAAAUUUUUCAAAAAGUAGCGACUGUUGGUACUGUUAAACGAACGCAAAGUGAAUUCGAUAUUUCUGUAAUAAGUAAUAAUAAGAAUAUUGUAAACAGUGCUAGUAACAAUAUACCUAGUAAUUUACCUAGUUGUGAAACAGGUGACUUAUCAUCCACAGAACCAUAUAGUCAUAUUCUACGUGUCCCAAUUCUCGGUAGUCGUCAAUCUGGUAAAACAACAUUAGUUAAACAAUUUAUAAACUGUAUAGAUCCUGGAAAUCCAUUACCCACAUGUAAUAAUCCAGAUUAUUAUGAUCCCAUGAUAUCAUUCAAUGAUCGUCUUUAUCAUGUACGUUUAAUAGACUGUCCACCUAUUGAAAAGAAAUUUCCUACAAGUUCUAUUGAUGAGUGGGAAAGAUAUCGUGGUUGGGGAUUGAGGAAUGCAUCAGCAUUUAUUCUAGUUUUUGAUGUCAAUUCGGAAUUAUCAUUUCAGUAUAUACGACAGUUACGUGAUCAGAUUAUCAGUGAAUUUAGUGAUAUACCCUUACUUUUAGUAGCUAACAAAAUUGACUCGUUACAACAACCAACCAGUGGAUCAAAUUCAGCGAAUGCUUUACCUUCAUUUUGUUCUUCUUCAUCAUCCUCAGCAAUGACAUUAUCAACACCAGGACCAUUACAGAGUACUACUUCAAACAGUCACAAUAAUCGAUACAAUAUACGUCGUGAUGUCAAUAUAAUUAUUAAAAAACAGUGGAAACGUACUGUACUUGUUGAGUGUUCAGCUAAAUACAAUUGGCAUGUUAUGAAUGUUUUUAAAGAAUUGAUGCGUAUUCUAGAGAGUAGAGAACAAGCACACAAGGCUACAGCUGCUAGAGCUGUACAAAAUGCUCUAAGGAAUAACCAGUGUUCUAUUAUGUAA